GUCCAGCUCCGCGGAGCUCAGCCAGACCAGCGCGCGAGGCGAGUCGCCGCGGUGCGCAACGGGUUGCCGCGCUUGCCGCCCGUCCCUGCCGCACGGUGGUGUGUGUGUGCGUGAGCGUGUGUGCGUGUGCGCGCGGCCGUGCGAGUGCCCGAGGCCCCCGUUGAGCAGGUGGAGCGAGCCCCGCGCAGGAUGCCCAGGCCCGGGGGCGGGCUAGGGCGAGGUCCGUAGCGCCGCAGCAGGGCCCCCCGAGCCCUCCACCCCGCCAGCAUGCGUCUGCCCUGGGCCUCGGCCUUGGGCGCCCUCUGCAUCCUCGGGUGCACGGGCCUCGGCGCCGCCACCGAGUACCUAGGAUGCCUGUUCGACGCCAACCUCUGCGAUGCCAACGAGGAAUGCUUCGACGACCGCGUCCUCGGGAAGUGCUUCAACCCGCUCAAGCAGCGGCCCAGCGAGAUGAAGACGUACCGCUGGUUCAGCGCCGAGGACGUGGACAUCCUGCAGCAGUCGCUCGGCAUCAUGUUCGACCUGGGCUACUACUGGGACGACGACUACAUGCAGUGCGUCCUCGGCGUCCUCAUCGACAACAUUGAGACGCAGACCUACGGCCAUGACUACACGGCGUGCAGGAAGUUCCGCGGUUUGUCCUACGAGCGCCAGUACAACAACGAGGUCGGCAACGCUCGGAACGCGUACGCCCUGGACGACUCGGCGGGCGAGGCCACCAUCCGCUUCACUCCGCCCGACGGCGUGUACGCGGACGAGGUGUACUACCCGCAGGCCGGCAGCCAGCCGGACAAGCUGGAUCUGCUGACCAUGGCCAUCUCGGACGAGCUGCGGCAGCGCGGCCAGCUGCAGGGCGACGACAGGCCCAAGCCCAAGCCUAUGGACCUGCUCAACAACAAGCGGGCCGACUACCCGGCCGGCUGGAAGCAGAAGAAGAGCAACAAGGCUGGCACACGGGCCAUGCGUAAGUUGAUGAUGGACACCGUGAGCAUGGACGACGGUUCGCUGCCUUUCUUGGAGCGGCGCCAGGACGUGCGCAUGGCACUGCGGCCGGAGGAGGAGGAGGCGGAGGACUCGAGCCUCGCCGACCUGGCCAUGAUGUACAUGGCGGCGGAGGAGCGGCGCGCCGCCCUGGCGCAGGCCGAGGCCGAGGACGCCGCCGAGGCCGAGGCUGUCGCCGCCGGCCCCGGAUCCGGCCCUCUGCGCAUGUUCUCGGCCCACUACAACACGCCCACCUCGUUCCGCCAAGGGCUCGAGUACCGCGUGCCCGGCGACGGAUUCGACGGCGAGACCGGGAUGCUCCCCGUCGACGUGCCCCGGGUGGUGGAGGCCGGCGACGAGCCGCUGGUCCUGGAGGACGUGUGGGAGACGCAGGAGAGGCCCGCCGGCCCGUGGCCGGGGCCGUGGCCGCUCGAGCAGGGACCGCAGGGCCCCGGACCGCGCGGCUUCAGCAAGCUGUACAACACCCCGGACAUGUUCCGCGCCGGCCUCGAGACCAAGGACGUGGAGCCGGGCCUCGCCAGCCUCGUCGAGGAGCAGGAGGCCGAGCCUGAGGUGUGGAUGGACACCGACACCGAGCCCAGGGGAGUGGAGUACGAAAGCGUGCCCGGCGGGGCCGUGUUCAUCCGCCCCAACCGCCGCGGCUCGCCCGACGAGGAGGUCUCGCAGGGGCAGCCCGAGCAGGAGGAGCAGCUGGUGCAGCAGAGCGGCGCUCAGCAGCAGCCCCAGCAGCCGGCGCCGCAGCCGCCCCAGCCGCAGCCGGCGCCGCCGCAGCAGACCGCCGAGCGCGCCGAGGAGGCGGAGCAGGCCAUGAAGGAGUUCUCGCACAUGCUGGACGCGUUCGCGGCCGAGGGCAAGGAGGACAGCGUGCCGGACGAGAUCCAGGCCGAGGAGGACGAGGUGGACCGCGCCGAGACGGCGGCCGGCACGGGCGCCAGCAUGGGCCGCGCCUACACGGAGGGCGGGCUCGUCUUCCUGCCCGACCAGCAGACAGACCGACCCGAGACGCUGGACGGCCGCAGUUUGGACGCGCUGCUCAAGGAAUGGCGCGGCUUUGAGCGCCGCGAGCGGCUGGACGUCAAGAAGCCCGGCCCCAGCUACAACGUCAACAACUUCUUCUUCCAGCGGGAUCAUGAAGAGAAGCGAGCGGGCCGCAAGUCGGCGGUGGAGACCAACGAGAUAAAGGGGGAGCCGCGCUUCGAGGCCAUCCAUGCCUCGCCGCCGGUGUCCAUGCAGCACAAGAACUACCGGGACUCGCAGGACGGGGAGACGCUCCGAGACCCCAACGUGGUCAGCGUCAAGUUCAAGAGCGGGUUCCCGUCCUGGGCUCACGGUGACGCGCUCAUCAAUGUGCUCGCCACAACCCUAAACCAGAUGCCCUCGGCUUUCAGAAUGCGCCGCGUGACCGUCAACGAUGGAACAGUCUCCUUCAAGGUGGACCCGGCGACCUCCACGCUUACCGGGCCGCAGGUGGCGAGACAGAUAAUGCUGAACAAGGAGGAGAUCAAGAAGCGUGUGAAUGCGGACGUGGCGUCCGCCUUCGCUGGGAAGCCGGUGAGUAGGCCGAGUCCUCUGGUACAGAAGGCGGCCGCGCCCGAGGAGGGCUGGGAGGGCGACGCGCUGCUGCUCGGCAGCGUGGUGCUGGGCGUGACGCUCUCGGCCGCCGUCAUCUCGCUCGUCACGUACUACGCAGUGCGGCGGGUGCAGCUGUCGCGCGAGAAGCUGCGCGGCAUGGCGGCGCCCGACACGGAGGCCAGCAAGGACUACCAGGACCUGUGCCGCGCGCGCAUGGCCAAGAAGGCCGAGGCGGAGCAGGCGCGCGCGCAGCACGAGACGCACGUGGACGCGCGCCUGGCCAGCCUGUCGCGCGAGUCGGAGGGCUCCAACAACUCGCCCUCGUCGCGCUCCUCCACCUCGUCCUGGACCGAGGAGCCCGCCCUCACCAACAUGGACAUCUCGACGGGCCACAUGGUGCUGGCCUACAUGGAGGACCACCUCAAGAACAAGGACCGCCUGGAGCAGGAGUGGCAGGGGCUGUGCGCCUACGAGGCCGAGCCCUGCGAGACCACCGUCGCCGAGAAGCCGGAGAACCAGAAGAAGAACCGCUAUUACCCUCACGUGCUGCCCUACGACCACUCUCGCGUCGUGCUGAAUGAACUGGCCAACGCCACCGGCUCGGACUACAUCAACGCCUCCACCAUCACUGACCACGACCCCCGGAACCCGGCGUACCUGGCGACGCAGGGCCCGCUGCCGCACACGGCCGCCGACCUCUGGCAGCUGGUGUGGGAGCAGGGCAGCGUGGUCAUGGUGAUGCUGAGCAGGCUGACGGAGAACGGCACGGCCAUGUGCCACCGCUACUGGCCCGAGGAGGGGUCCGAGCUCUACCACAUCUACGAGGUGCACCUCGUCAGCGAACACAUCUGGUGCGACGACUACCUGGUGCGCAGCUUCUACCUCAAGAACCUCAAGACGGGCGAGACGCGCACCGUCACCCAGUUCCACUUCCUCUCCUGGCCCGACCAUGGCGUGCCCCCCAACACCAAGCCCCUCCUGGACUUCCGCAGGAAAGUGAACAAGUCUUACCGCGGCCGCUCCUGCCCCAUCGUCGUGCACUGCAGUGACGGCGCCGGCCGCACGGGCACCUACAGCCUCAUCGACAUGGUGUUGAACCGGAUGGCGAAGGGCGCCAAGGAGAUUGACAUCGCGGCCACGUUGGAGCACAUCCGAGACCAGCGCGCCAACAUGGUGGAGUCCAAGGAGCAGUUCGAGUUCUGCCUGCAGGCCGUUGCGGACGAGGUGCACGCCAUCCUCAAGGCGCUGCCGGCGCAGCCGACGCCCCCGGCCACCACCGUCGUGCCACCACCAACCUCGCCCGGCUCGGACAAGGAGAAGGAAAAGGAGAAGGAGAAGAAGGAUGAGAAGGCCAAGGAGCAGCCCAAGAAGAAAACAUAAGGUGAGCAAGCUGGCUCCGUCUCCCGGUAGCAUCCUACUACAGUGUCGAGGUGGCACAAUCCUGAUUAUGUUACUCUCAUCUCCAUCUCACUGAAUCGCUCUAGUCGUUGAAAUAGUCAGUCCUUCUGUACCAGAGAGCGCUUUACUACUGUUCCUUUAAAGCGUUGUCACUCUCGGUUUGUCUUUCUCUCUCUAUCACUUCUCUCUGAUGUUCUCCCUGAAAAAUGGGAUUUAAUUUUAUUAUGUAUCACUAUUAUAAAUACAGUGUGGUUUUGAUUUGUGUGAACCAUAGAUUACGCAUGCAGGAUUCCUGAUUACUAAGGCUGCUUACAAGCAGGAUAUUUAUUCUAGAGGUAGGUUUGCCUACUCAUCUAGUCUACCAUUUCUAGAGACAACUGACUUUCCAUUUUGUUGUCGUGAGUAAGCAUACCCCCUAUGUGUUUAAUAUGAAUAUAAGCUUAUAAAGACCUAGAGCUAACAUCUCCUUCUUGAAAGCACUUUUAGUAAGUUCUGUUAUAGAAAGUCACGAGGAGCUGUAGCAUAGUUAAAUUAGCGAUUUUAGAAGGGAGAAGUCAUACAACAGAACAAAUGUUUUUUUAACUUGGAUUAGUUAUGCUGUAUUUUUUUCUAUCUAUUCUUUUUUGUUCCUGUGAAAGCCAAAUUUCAUAGU